GCAAACCGAGCAUUCAGUAGCCUAUCAUACACUGUCGCACACACUGUGUGAGCCGAGAGCGCUCUCCGUCUUUCAUUCAUCCCGGUAAACGCUGCUCACACUUUCUUCUUCUUCUCCUCCCUCCUCACCCCGCCCUCCCCUCGCCCCCCUUCUCUCCCCACUCUUCACUCCCUCGCGCUGGGAUAGCUUACUUUGUUUUUGUUUUCCCCUCCGCGGUGCCUUUUGGUCGGAGUAGUAGCUAGUGGAAGAUAUCAACAGAGCUACGUGUCUUCUUACCUCCGCGAUACUACGGAAUACAGAGGAGUCGUUGGAGGGCACGCGCAUCACGACAGAGAGCAGCGCGAGAAGGUUUUUUUUUUUUUUUUUUAGACGGUACGGCAUGAUUUAAAACAAGAAAUAAAGAAAAUAUCUGUAUUGAAUAACCGCGUUAGGUGACGCUCCACCUGAAAAGACUCACGUUAAGUUUUGACGGAUUUUACGGCACAGGUGCGUUAAAGGAUUAAAUACAGGCAUUUGGCGGAUGGUUGUCGGUUUCGUGGAGAGGAGUCAGCGCCUCUGCGCAAGUCUCAGAUGAAGAUGAAGUCUGCGGGCAUCGUGGAUGGAGGCUUGUUCACAGAGAGCUAUUGUAACAUCUGCAAUGCCCAGCUCAUCUCCGAGUCCCAGCGCACGGCUCACUAUGAGAGUAAGAAACAUGCCAACAAGGUACGUCUGUUCUACAUGCUUCACCCUGAAGACGGAGGACCACCUUCCAAGAGACUGCGGCCAGAUAACCCAGACUGUGCAGAGACAGAGGUGGACAGGAACAAGUGCUGUACUUUGUGUAACAUGUUCUUCACCUCCGCCAUUGUGGCCCAGUCACACUACCAGGGCAAAACCCACGCCAAGAGAGUCCGCCUGGUACUGGGGGAGCCGCCCAGCAUACCCACAGCCAUGACCAGCCCUACAAACACAGAUUCCUCCCCUUCCACCCCGCUGCCCACAGACCCCGUUGCGUGCCCCCCUCCUCCCCCUGACCUGGCUUGGCCCUUGGCGGUGGUCGGCGGAAACGGCGGAAGAGAAGCCGGGAAGUACUGCUGCCUGUGCGGAGCCUGGUUCAACAACCCGCUGAUGGCCCAGCAGCAUUACGAGGGCAAGAAACACCGCAGGAACGCAGCCAGAGCACGCCUCCUGGAGCAGCUAGCGGGCAGUCUGGAUGCCACGGAGAGCACAGGGCUGCGCAGUAGUUACUCUUGCAGUGUCUGCAGUGUGGUCCUCAACUCUAUCGAGCAGUACCAUGCACACCUCCAGGGCUCCAAGCACCAGAACAACUUGAAGCAACACCAGCAGUAAGCCACGGAGACAGGCUACUCUGGAGACGAAGACCGAGAUUAUUGGAAUAAACAACUUCAGAAAAAAAGGACUUGUCAGAAACUGAAGAGUAUGAGAAGGUAGUGCAGAAUAACUUCAGAGAGAGAGAGAGCAAGUGAGUGUGUGUGUGUGUGUGUGUGUGUGUGUGUGUGUGUGUGUGUGUGUGU